AUGAUCCAUGUAGUCCAUGCCUCAUAUUCCCAUGCAGGAAACUCCAGCUCAGAAGACAAAUCUCAGUGACUGGGAACUGAGAGGAUGGCCAACAGUAAUUUGGUAAUAGGAAUCAUCAUCUUAACACAGACUGUGGUUGGAAUCCUGGGCAAUUUCUCUCUUCUUUGCCAUUAUAUCAUCCUUUACUUCACUGAGUACAGGUUAAGGUGCACAGAUUUGAUUCUUAGGCACCUGAUUGUAGCUAACUUCUUAUCCCUCUUCUGUAAAGGAGUCCCUCAGACAAUGGCAGCAUUUGGGUGGAAACAUUUCCUUGGUAAUUUUGGAUGCAAACUUCUUUUCUUUCUUCACAGAGUGGGGAGGGGAGUGUCCAUUGGUAGCAUUUGUGUCUUGAGUGUCUUCCAGGUGAUCACAAUCAGUCACAGGAACUCCAGGUGGGCAGAGCUUAAAGUAAAAGCUCCAGACUACAUUGUCCCCACUGUUUUCCUGGUUUGGUUCCUGCAAGCGCUGGUAAAUAUCAUUUUUCCUAUGUUUGUUAUUGAGAAAUUGAGCAACAACAACAUCACAGACAGAAAAGAUUUCAUAUACUGUUCUACUGUUCGUCAUGAUAGAAAGACACAAUUGUUACAUGCAGCAUUGCUAUCAGUCCCUGAUGUUUUAUGUUUGGUGGCCAUGCUCUGGGCCAGCAGCACCGUGGUUUUAAUCCUGUACAGGCACAAGCAGAGGGUCCAGCACCUUCAUAGGUCGAACACCUCCUCCAGAUCCUCCCCAGAGUACAGAGCUACCAAAACCAUUCUUCUCCUGAUGAGCACCUUUGCCUAUUUUUAUGCCAUUUCCUCCAUCUUGCAAGUUAUUUCGACUGUUUUAAAUAAUCCUGACUGCUUUCUGGUGAACAUCACUGCAAUCACGGCUCUGUGUUUCCCAACUGUCAGCUUCUUUCUGAUCAAGGUCGGUGACUCCCGUGUCUCCACACUCUGCUUUGCCUGGAUAAGGAAUAUGAAAAUCCCUAAUCUUAUUAAAAAUAUAUAA